UACGUGGCAACAACAUAGUACCGCAUCACAGUCUCCCCACAAAGCGAUCCGUGGGCGGUGUUUGACACCCGCUAGCGGCUGGGGAGCGUGGGGGCUGGCUGGCUGUCAUCUGUUUCACCGGCACGUUUCACGGAGAGGAGCAGCCAGGCGCCCACCUACCGUUGUUUUUGUUUUUUUUAAACCUCCAGAUUGACUUCCGUUUACGCUUUCACCGCUGUUAGGGUCAGCUCACUAGACUGGACAGGACUAAAACAUUGAGAUUUCAGAAAACAAACCCGGUUUGAAAAACGGGAUAUAUAUAUAUUUUUUUAAUUUGUGCUUUUCGGUGCAGGAGUGUGAGUGAGGGCGCAAAAGAGAGAGGAGAGAGAGAGCGUGUAAGUGCCGUGUUGUUCGUGUCGGUGUUUCGGCUAAACCGUGUUUGUGUGUAGCUUGCUAUGGGUCUGUAUGAGUGUGUGUGAGUGUGUGUGUGUGUGUGUGGAGUGUGUUCGCUCUGGACUGGAGGAGAUAUCCAAGAAAAAUGUCAGCGUGUCAACAACAACAACAACAGAGGCAGGCUAACGGUCGGAUGUGUACUUGCCUUUUCUCUCAUACCGGGAGAUAGAAAAGGCGCUCGUUCAUUCAAGGAAGGAGGAGGACGUUACCGGAAUACCUAAGAGACGAGUGGAACUGAACCGUGUUCCCGCCUGUCUGACUGACUGUCUGUCUGCCUGGCUAACGUGAAUGAAAUCUUUAGAGGAGGAGGAGAGCGUUUCAAUCCACAGCCGUCAAGGAUUCAAUCGACGGAUGAAGAUGGAGUCAUUCCGCCGCUGUGGACGUUAACACGGACGUUAGGUCUGGAGAGGCUGGUUGGAGAAGUUGAGCUGAAAGGAGACUGAACGGGGGAAAAGAGGGAGAGGCGGAUCGGGUAGCUGAAAGGAGACUGAACGGGGGAAAAGAGGGAGAGGCGGAUCGGGUAGCUGAAAGGAGACUGAACGGGGGAAAAGAGGGAGAGGCGGAUCGGGUGGCUGACAGGGACGCAGACCAGACCAGCCUUGGAUUUCAACAGGAGAUUCCAAGAAGAAGAAGAGGAAGAAGAGAAAUAUGUGGCGUCACCGCUGCCGCCAGUCUAGUCUGCGGUGGAGUCUUGAGCCAGUGGUCGUUAAAACGACCCGGCUUGAUCAGUGAAGCCCCUAGCCUUCUCUCUCUCUCUCUCUCUGCGCUCUACCUCGCUCUUCCUUUCCCUUCUCUUUAAAUGUAAAUGACAUCGGGGUUUUUUUCUCAGUAAGUAAGCUGUCUCGUGACGUGAGAUACUCAAAACCCGUCAAUGAAGAUGUUGAUGUGUGACCGUGGCGUCCAGAUGCUGGUGACCACCGUGGGGGCUUUCGCCGCCUUCAGCCUCAUGACGAUAGCGGUCGGGACCGAUUACUGGCUGUACUCACGAGGGACGUGCAAAAGCAAAAGCACCAAUGACAACGACACAAGCCGGAAGAACGAAGAGGUGAUGACUCACUCUGGUCUGUGGCGAACCUGCUGUCUGGAAGGAACGUUCCGAGGUGUGUGUAAGAAGAUCGAUCACUUCCCAGAGGCCACAGAUUAUGAGGCAGAUGCUGCAGAAUACCUACUACGAGCAGUGCGUGCCUCCAGUAUAUUCCCCAUAAUGAGUGUAGGUCUGCUGUUCCUGGGUGGGCUGUGUGUGGCCGCCAGCGAGUUCUACAGGAGCCGACACAACGUCAUCCUCAGCGCAGGCAUCUUCUUCGUUGCCUCAGGUCUCAGUAACAUCAUCGGCAUCAUCGUCUACAUCUCGGCUAACUCUGGCGACCCGGGUCAGAGCGACAGCAAGAAGAGUUACUCGUACGGCUGGUCCUUCUACUUCGGGGCGUUGUCCUUCAUCAUGGCGGAGACGGUGGGCGUUCUGGCCGUCCACAUGUUUAUAGAGAAACACCGGAAGCAGAGGGCCAAGUCUCGCACCGAACUCAUCAAGAAAUCAGCGUUCAGCCGUAUCCCGUCUUACCGUUACCGCUUCCGCCGUCGCUCCAGCAUCCGUUCCUCCGAGGCGCCCAGCCGGGAUGCUUCUCCCGGCGGGAAGGGGGGUUACAGCGGCCCGACAGCCUCCGACCUCCCCAUGUACACGCUAACCCCCGCGGCCGGAUCUAAGGCCGGCAUGGGGGGAGUGCUCAAUUCAGAGAGGGAGUUUCUACAGGGCGGUACUCUGGCCAAUACCAAGGACUACGGCAAAGACGCAGCCAAUAGGAGAACCACGCCCGUCUGAGGGAGGCGGGGCCUAGGAGAUGAUUGGAUGGGAGAUGGAUGAUGAUAAUGAUGAUGAGAGACAGUGAGGGAGGAAGAGGCAUUAUGAACUUUGACCUCUCUGCAACCUCCAGGGAUA